AUGUCUGGCGAUUCGGGUAGACAGACAUACAAUGCCUCGGAUAUCAAGAAAAUGGAAAAGGCAUGGGACGAAGCUACGGAAACAGACCUGUUUGAAGCACUGGAAGAAGCCCUCGGUUGCACAAAAUGUCAAAUCACCAUCACAGACGCAAUCAUGAAGGGAGAUAUCAGUGAUGGUGUCUACAACGCUAGCCAUUACCCACCAUUCUUUGUGAACCAACGUACCAGAGAUGAUAAUAUCUCACCCCACGACACUGAAACAAAGCACCAAGACCCAACGUGGUGGCGUCGCAUCUCUGUUUCACAGCGUGAGCGCUACUACCUCCUAGUCGAGGACAAUCUAAAUCGGGCUCUUGAAGAGACAAAGGACGCCGACCCAGAGGCCGCUGUUCUAUUUGCCCACUACCAAGUUGACUAUCACAUCCGUCAGCACCACUUUGCUCGACGGGGCGUACUAAACCUUUGCCGAGAUUCAAAUGAUUUACAUGAGCUUCGUUCGUGGCAAUGGGAUAUGGCUGCGAUUGACAGAAUCACCUCCGGAAAGGAAAUCGAAAUCACAGAUGAAGACGAAGGAUGGCUCCCAGCAGAACGAAUGUGGGGGUGGCCAACUGAUCGUAACUUGGAGAAGACCCAUCAGGUUAUUUUAUGGAAACGAGCCUGGCCGGCGCGUCGGAAGCACCUCAAGGCUGUGCGGGCCAAGUGGGCCAUCAUCAUGGAAGAACGACGGAAGCAAAGAGAGAUGCUUUUGCUCAAACAAGGGGCAACUGUUACUGUCCGGCUUUAUUGUCGCGGGGAACUGUGGGACGUGAGGAAGCUUCAUAGGGAGGUAGAGAGUGGGACCGGUAUUCAAAUGGAAAGAGCCACACAGAGCUUGGGAUUCUAA